AUGCUUUUUAUGUUUUCGGUUUAAAGGCCUAUUCAAACGGACGCACAAUCGCAUGCACAUUCGCAUGCACAUUUCAUGAAGAAAAAAAUCGAUCACGAAUUUGGAUUUUUGGAGCAGAGAUUGUUAUGCACAAGUUUCGGAAAUUAUCCCAAUUGAAGAAAAGAAGGGAGCGAACAUUGAAUGUACGUCUUCCUCACAUAAUAAAGGAUAAAAAAGAAAUUGAACAGUUAUUUGAGGGUAGUUAUCAUAUAAAAUUACCACGACAGUCCAGUAAAUCAUGCCACAUCAUCUUUCCUACUGUGGAAGAGAAGAUUAAAAAUUAUAAACUUGCAAAGGGUAAAACAAUCGAUGGCAAGCGAAUUGUUAUUCAACCAUUGCGUGAGAUUGUAUUUAAAAAAGAAACCAACACAAGAAAAAAGAUUUUUAUACCUGAAAUUAAACCGGACAUUGAAGUAACAAAAACAUUAUUUAUUUCAAAUGUAGCCAGUGGUACAAAAUCACAUGAAAUAAGAGGUGCCCUUCCUGGAUGUAUUGGUGUUACUUUAUUAAAACCUUAUAAUAAAGAUUUUAGGAGCGCAAUGGUUAAAAUGGAAAGUAUUCAAAUAGCAGCAGAAUAUCUAACUGAAAAGCACAAAUGGCCAAUCGUAAAUGGUCAUAAAAUAUGUAUGAAACGAGAUACAAGAGCAAAAUAUAAAAGAAGACGUCCUACAAGUAUUCUUAAAAUUCAUAAUGACAAUACAAUAGAAAAAUGUAAAUCUAGUAAGAGCUUGAAUUGUACAGAAGUUAACAACGAUGAUAAUUAAGAAUGUUUAAUUAAAAUAAUUAUCGAUAACGGAAA